AUGCCAUUCUUCAAACUAUCAAUAGCUACCCACACAUGUCCAAUCUACACAAAAUCAUAUUGGACAAGCAAGUUCAAACGAACGCCAUCAGUCGCCACCUCACAUUCCAAUCGAUUGAAAACACUGAGAACUCCAAAGAAGUUCAUACCAGUCUCUAAAGCACUUUCUGACAAAGAACGAUCAGUGUCAUCCAAGGCCCUUCAAAUUGGAUAUCCUGAUUUAGUGAAUUCCUUUCAGAAUCCUUUCAGAGUUCGCAACUUACAGGAGGUUCUUUUAAUUCGACAUGUCCUAAGAAAGCUUUUCUCUGACGUCAACCAAUAG